AUGGGCUGCACAUCCGCCAUUGUCUUCACCUGCUUUGGCGCUGCAUAUGGAACUGCAAAGUCUGGUGUCGGUAUCUCCGCCAUGGGUGUUCUUCGACCUGAUCUCAUUGUCAAGAACAUCGUCCCCGUCAUUAUGGCUGGUAUCAUUGGUAUCUACGGCCUGGUCGUCUCAGUCUUGAUCUCCGACAGCCUUUCGCAGAAGGAAGCUCUCUUUACCAGCUUCAUUCAACUCGGCGCCGGUCUAUCUGUCGGCCUGGCCGGUUUGGCUGCCGGCUUUGCCAUUGGCAUUGUUGGCGAUGCUGGUGUCCGAGGCACUGCUCAACAACCCCGCCUCUUCGUCGGAAUGAUUCUCAUUCUCAUUUUCGCCGAAGUCUUGGGUCUUUACGGACUUAUCGUUGCCUUGUUGAUGAAUUCCAAGGCCCAAACUGAUGUACACUGUUAA